AUGUUUUUCUUUCAGUUUCUGAAUCUCCACCACACAGUUGUUAGCUUUGUCCACCCUGGGAUCAGCAUCAUUCCUAAACGCCCGGCUACGGACCGGGGUUCCCCUCAGCCACUCCCCUACAUUGAUGCACAAAACGCCUCUGCUGUUUUCAAUACAAUUCACGGAGUUUUAAAGCAAAAGAGUAACGACUUGGGCCCUGUGGGAGUGAGCUUUUUCCCUGCGUUUUUACCUCAAGGUACCUUCUUGUAUCACGGAAACUGGAACGGAAGGGCCCCACGGGGGUUGGAGUGGGUGGCGUUGGACUGGGAGUUUUCGUACAACUUUGCCCAAUUUCCCCGGAGGUACAGACCUAGUGGGCCUUCACCUCCUCUGGAAAAUCCAAACAGCAACAACACGGGCAAUGGAACGCCUCCUCUGUUCCUUAGAGAACUAAACGCCUCAUUGCUAACUUUCCAAACGCUCAAGCCAUGGACCAAGCUUGUUUAUCUCGAUGGUGCUUCUGCUGCUAAGAGUACUACCGGAGAAAUGGAUCAGCAGUUUUUGUUGGCGAAAACAAAGUUUGACCCUACAAAAAGAGUUGGGGAGCGCAUGUUGGCAGAAAAGAUCUGCGAGUGGGGGAAGCCUUUCGGCCUUGAUGGCGUAAUUAGGCUAGAAAUUGGCUACGAAAUCAUUGUCUGUGACUUCUCAGACCAGGUUGAACGAGGUGGCAUGAAAUUAAUCGCGCAUAAUGCCUUACCUGACCCUGUUGAGGUAAUUGGAUUCCCAGAAGAGGUUCCUGGCGCUUCUAUCACAUCGGACAAAGGUAAGGAACUAGCGUUGUCCAGGGAAAGAUCACUCAUAGUGGACGCAUACGAGGCAAUGGCGGGCUACGAGCACAUAAGAGCCGCAUCGCUGGUUUAUAACCGCGAGAAGAAGGUGCUAGUGGAUUACUCCAAAAUGGUCACCCCUUUGAACAAAACUUGGAUCUCUCCAGACACUUAUAGAAGAAGAAUCCAUAACAUAAGCGAGGAAUUGCGAGAUAAGUUGAUUCUGGACCUUGAAGCUCAGUUAAUUGACGCCGAUGGAAGGUCAUUUAUCAUGGGUACCGAUUGGCAGUUGAUUACCGAGAGGGUUGUUGAAAAGUUUGGCCCAAUCCUUAUGAUCUUCAACCAGACCUACACUAACUAUCUCCACAGCUCUAAUCCAGAGGAAGAACGCUUUUCCAUCUUGGCCAGAAAUAUUUCUACACACUCCUUCACCUUUUUCAGGCGGUAUUCUCCUGGGAGGGACCAUUCCUCUCCAGAAAAGUGGGAAGCUGCGAAACAAGCUAUGAUCGACGAUUACUCUCGUGGAUUCACCUCUUUGCUGUCUGAGUCAGAUAUCCUCAUUGCGUCUUCGGUGAAUAAGAUAAUGAAUCUUAUCACUUCAGAGAUUUUCGCUCAGUUUGAGUUUUCAAAGUCAAUUUUGAAGGAUAUCUACGUGGAAGAAGCGCCUUUGAAGCAUCAUGCACUGGAAGCUAUCCACCAUUUCAAUUCUCUCAAUGCCUUGCUAGACCUUUUGCAAUGGACAUUGGAUUAUAGAUGCUCCACCACUUGUGGCUGGGAUCAGUUCUGUUUCAUUCCUUCGUGGGGGCCCGGCCCUUUUGGCUGGGUGUCAACUGAUGGGACAUCGCCACGUAACGACCCUAAAGAGGAAGAUAUACCGGGCUUUGAGUAUACCGAGGGCCUCCAGCUUCCGGCCUUUGAGUCUUCAACACAGAUAAUAGCUUCCAAGAGUCCUAAGUUGACUAAAAUCAACACUAUUGUCAAGAAAUUUUGA